AUGGUCAUCAACCGCCCCGGUAUCGCGUCCAUGUCCCUGGGCCGACCAUGGAUUCACGACCUCCCUGGAAAGCUGAUGCAGGCCGCCGCACACGGGUUCGAGGGAAUUGAGCUCUUCUUCGACGAUCUCGACUGCUACGCGCAACGAACAUUCAACGGCGACCACCUCGAAGCCUCUCAUCAAGUUCGCCGCUUGUGCGAGCGCCUCGGCAUGAGCAUCAUCUGCCUGCAGCCAUUCUCCAUGUUUGAAGGUCUCAUUGACCGCGUCGAGUCUGAACGCCUCCUCACCGAGAAGCUUCCCCAGUGGUUCAUCCUAGCGCGGGCGCUAGGCACGGACAUGAUCCAGGUGCCCUCCAACUUCCUCGGACCCGACCCUAAGACUGGCGCUCCCCGCACAACUGGCGACCGCUCAGUGAUCGUCAAGGACCUCCAGCGCCUCUCCGACCUUGGCGCCGCAGAGGGAUUCCGCUUCGUCUACGAGGCCCUGUGCUGGGGCGACCACGUCGACACCUGGGAGGCAUCCUGGGAGGUUGUGCGUGAUGUCAACCGUCCCAACUUCGGUCUGUGCCUGGACUCCUUCAAUAUUGCCGGUCGUGUCUACGCCGACCCGGCUGCGCCUUCGGGCCGUACCCCCAAUGCCGAGGCGGACCUUGCUGCUUCUCUGGACCGUCUGCGCAAUGCCAACAUCGAUCCCGCUAAGAUCUUCUACGUUCAGCUUGUUGAUGGUGAGCGCCUGGAUGCGCCUCUGGAUGAGAAGCAUCCUUUCCACGUUAAUGGGCAGCCCGUCCGCAUGUCCUGGUCUCGUAACGCUCGUCUUUUCCCCUUCGAGGAGUCUCGCGGUGGCUACCUGCCCAUUGUGGAUGUUGCCCGUACUUUCUUCGACGAUCUUGGUUUCCGUGGCUGGGUUUCUCUGGAGCUCUUUAGCCGUACCCUUGCCAACCCUGAUCCGUUCACUCCCGCUGACCACGCCCGUCGCGGUAUUGACUCAUAUUACAAGAUGGGCCGCCUUCUGAACUGGGAGGACAUGGAGGAAAAGCCCGUUCAAUCGAUCGCGCCUUCUUCGCCUGUCCAGCACCGCCUGUGA